CUUCGUCACGUCAAUACGCAGUUUGAUCUCAUCUCUGAUAGAAAUAAUCGUCGACGCCGUUUUGUGUCGUGCACGAUAUUUUGCAUUGUUUAAAUCCACGGCGGAGCAUGUAAGUCGGAGUACGAGAUGACAUCGGUACCGUGAAAAUUGAAGUUGUUAUCAAACUUCGGAGCAGUUGACAUGUUGAGGUCGAUGACAUGUGCUGUUUACCAAAUGCUAUGCAUUACCAAAUAACGGGUAACCUAAAAAUGCGCGUAACAGUCCACAGCUUUUUCUUCGUGAUCGUUCUGUGUUUUUCGACUGAACACGUCUUGGCCUCAUAUUGUUAUCCGGACUAUUGUAAAAAUAUGACUCAUUUGGUUCCAACACCAGAUUUCCAAUGUAUACUAACGCCAGUACAAAGGGGGGAAGAUUGCGCAAAGCUAAAAUUUGACGAUGCUAAUAAGAACUUAUCUAAACAAGAUGACGCCGCAAUCUUUACGUUAUAUGCGUACGUGAAAAACUUUGAUGGUACUCAAAGUAAAGCGACCGCAUUUAAUUUAUCGAUCUCAGAUAUUAAUUUUCAUAGAUUAAUUACGCGUUAUCAAAAUAUUGCCAACGACAAUGAGAACGCGUGUAGACACGUGCAAUUGUAUGAGAAUGCCAGUCAUCCCGUGCCCAAAGACCUAUACGUGUCAUGUCCGUUUUCCGAUGCUACGUACGAAGGAUCUCCGUAUCGCUUGGAAUAUUCCGUGAUCGAGGAACAUUACGCAUACAGUAAAAAAUAUAUCUUCUACGUGCCGCAACACAAACUUAUCGAGGAUGGCAUUCCAGUCGAAAUAUUCACGCCUUUUAUAUACGUAGACUUGUCGGAUUUGUUGAAUCUAGCAUUGUACGUACAACCGCUUCCGUCGAGAUACAAUGUGACGGAUUACAAAGUGUGGUUAAUCAAUAACGACACAGAGACGACAGUCAGUAUUGCAGUUAUAUCCACGAAUAAAAAUAGUGGGCAUGUUUGGUAUAAUUUCUCGGCACCGAAUGGCGUGUAUUAUGUCAAAGUCGCGGCAUUACAUCCAAAGUGCGGUGAAUAUGGAUGCGCGAACAGCACAUCACCAUACAUACACAUAAAACACGCGUCUCAUCGAUUGCUGAUUAUGAUAAUCAGUUUAAUAUGGAUACCACCUGUUUUAUUGUACGCGCUGUAUCAUGUGUUUAAGCUUUACAGAAAGAGAGUUUUAAAGAGAAUAGCAAUAAGGCCAAAUUGUUUGCUGGUGUAUUCACCGACGCACCCGGCACACGUGAAUGUAAUGGCAGAAUUGACAAAAUAUUUAAGAUGUUGUAACAUCAAUGCCAUGAUAGAUAUGUUCGAUAUCGCAGAAACUGCCAGCAAAGAUCCGGGAUUGUGGUGCAAUACUGCGUUUCAGUCCGCGGACGUUGUGCUAGUCGCAACGUCCCCGUCGAUGUCGUCCGCGAAAUCCGAUACAACGAUCGUUUAUCAGAACGUGGACAAUCACCUACUUCGUUUGCUGAAGGAGAACUAUCCGCAGAGGAACAAGAGAUAUUACGUGAUACACCUGCCGUACUGUAAGCCGGAUCAUAUACCGGAGGAGGCGCGACUCUUUCAGAAGUUUCGCUUACCCAAGAAUCUGACAAGGCUUGUGAAGACGAUCCAUGGUAUCAGUUGUUUGCAAUUUCUCACGGCGUCGGAUAGAGAGUUAUUGGAGAGUAUUAGAUGCGCCACAAUGAAGAUAUUUGAGGACGAGGCUAGCAGUAUGACAAAAAACACCAACGAGACUGAUGGUUUAUUAUCACCGAUCAUCCUACAAGAAACUGCCAGUCAUAAAAUCGAUCGAUCCAAUGAGAUUCAUAAGCUCGAUACGCCGGAUGGAGAUGUCAUACCUCAAUCUUUCACGACAAAUAUCGAUGAAUUGAAUUUACUUGGUGAGAUUGGCGAAGAGAAGACCUUCGACUUCAAUUCUACGAGGAAUGACUGCGAAUUUCGCAUCGAUAAAUUGAACUUGUGAUUUUUCUUUUUUUUUAUACAUGUAAAAAUAGCUUGUAAGAUAUUCGUUUUCUAUGCCGUGAUAGAUUUUUUAUGCGACAAUAGUUGAUUCAAAUAAAGAAUAAUUUUCUAUUAAAAAAUUAUAUUGUAACUCGUGUCAAAUAAAACUUCCGUCCCGUUUCUGCGUUCUAAAAAACAAAUAUCUUUUUAUAUAUAAUUAUAUUGCAAAUUUGUAAAAAAAAUUCUUAUAUCCAUUAUAUCUACUAUCUUUUAUAU